AUGGAUGAGACUCGAAUUAGGAUUCUCGACGAUUCGAAGCGAUUGGAUGCGACAGGUGACACUGCCAAUCUUGACGUGCCAGUAUGCUGCGGAACCGCUGGAUGUUUUCUGAAAUCAAUCGCCGCUCUCAAUUUGAUCUCCGGAACUUGUUACCUAGUCUUAUGCUUCAUAUAUCAGGAAAUCGCAUCCGACAACGUAUUGGCGCAUUGGCUCAGCACAGCAAUUGUUGAGUGCGUCGCCAUGCUCUACCAUCUAAGCAUUUGCGGACUUCUUCUGAUCGGCGUGAUUUUGUCGGAAGACGUUCGGAAGGAAUACAAAAUCGAUUUGGUUGCGAAAAGCGCGUCGGCGGCGGUCAUUCAAACCGCGAUUACCGCCAUUUUGGCGGCCUUCUCCGUCUGUCUCACGUACAUUUUGUGCAGCGUCGGAUGGUAG